UAUGUAUAAAAAUGGAAUAAUUUGGGUAUUUUUUUUUUUAUUUUUAAGUUAAAGUUUAUUAAUUUAAUUCAUUUAAAUACGAGAUUUUUAUACACGUAUCAGUAUAUUGUGUCAGAACGCGUAUAUUACAUCAGGUAUACAACUAUUUAGCAUUCUUUUACAGUGUAUAAUUUACAGUGUACAGUAGUGAUCAUGAAAUACGGUAUAGUCAGUCCAUGGAGUGACAAAAGUGCAUUUUAAUAAUAACAACAUAUAGAAAAUAUUUUUAAUCUCCUAAAAAUGUCUAUUGAAACACAAAUUUCUAAUUUAAUUGAUGAUGUGUUGAAAGUCGAUGCUAAUGGUGACGUGUUUUCCGGUGAGAAAGAUGACAAAAAUGAUGCUUUCCAGAAAAAAAUGCGUGUUCUUUUUGAGGGGCUCAAUAUGGAGCAAAAAGAGACCGUUUUACGCCUAUACCUAAUUAAGGCGGCUACACAAACCAAUUUGAGUCAAUUGAAGCAUCUUCUGGGGACCUUAGCAUGUCUCAUCAGAGAUAAUGUUCUUCCAGCCAGAUUGCUAUGCGAACAAAUUUUGAGUUGCGAAAAAUUAAUUUAUCAGAAUCAAAAUUUCUGGAUUGAGAGUCUCAACCUCUUGAAAUCAUCAAUUGCAUCCAAGCGCGGUACUGGUGGGGUGGAUUACAAAGGGGUUCGCGAAAUAAUGCGAGGAUGCCGCGAAAAGGCUCAAACCUUCCCGAAAACCCUCAAUUCCAGUACCCUACCGCAAAUGCUUGUUCUCGAAAGUAUCAUUGAGUACAUAUUCGAUAGGAAUGCUUGCCUCCUUCCGGCAUAUUUUAUUGCCAAUGAAAUACAGAAGGUGGAAUGCCCGGAAACACACUGGAAGAUGGCAAGACUGAUGGCGAAAUUUGUGGAAGAAUUUCGCAAUACAGCACAAAUGCUUACGAUAAUUGGGCAUUCAGAAAUGUUACCUGUAGUUGAGCACUUUGGGUAUGCUGAUCAUUUGAUAAAUCCUUGGAGAUUGGAUAGGAAUACACUAAAGUUCACACUUAAGGGCAUACUGCCGUAUGAUACGGAUCUCCUGCAACCGCAGACGAGGCUAUUGCGCUUUGUCCUUGAGCAACCAUACUCCAAGGAUAUGGUGUGCUCAAUACUUAAUCUUCAGAAGCAGCAUAAGCAGCGAUGUGUGGCUCUGGAGGAGCAACUUGUGUGGCUUGUAAUAUCCGCUAUGGAACGAUCUGAGCUAGAAUCCACCACAUCGGUAUUUCAAUCUGCAGACCCCGGUGGGCAAUGUGAUGAAAAAAUGAGCUCUGUGCAAUGGCUAUGGUUGCACCUUUCAUCGCAACUCAUCUACUUUGUCCUCUUUCAAUUUGCAAACUUCCCCACGAUUGUAAUGGCGCUCCAUGAUAAAUUAGCCAUAAGGACGGAGCUGAGAAAGGGACGUGAUCACCUUAUGUGGGUUCUUUUGCAAUUCAUCUCAGGGAGUAUCCAGCGGAAUCCACUGUCGAAUUUUCUUCCCGUUCUCAAGCUCUACGAUAUUCUGUAUCCAGAAAGGGAACCACUACCUGUGCCGGACUUCAAUAAACCCUACUGCACACGUCAAAUGGCACCUACAUGCAUAUGGAUUCAUCUGCUGAAGAAGGCACAAUCAGACCAAAUUAACAUUCACCGCCAAAUACCAAAUGCCCUCAAGAAUCAUCAUGAAUUCCUCCAAGAGUUGGUUCUACCAUCCAACACGUCUGUUCUGUCAAUGGGAUCGGAUUUUCGUAUUGCCUUGCUAUGCAAUGCCUAUUCUACGAAUCAAGAUUACUUUUCACGCCCAAUGGCGGCUCUUGUUGAUACAAUCCUUGGAAAUCAGAAGAGCAACACAACAUCCGGUGGGAGUGGAAAUCAACAAAUACCCACCGUACCCCUGUCUAUGGUGAUCCUAGACAGUCUCACGGUGCACAGCAAAAUGUCCUUAAUUCACAGUAUUGUUACGCAUAUGAUGAAACAUCCACAAUCCAAAAAUGCUAUGCCCAAUGUGACAAACAUGGCACCUGCUCUCGUGGAGACAUACUCGAGACUUCUUGUUUACACUGAAAUUGAAUCACUCGGCAUUAAGGGAUUCCUCACGCAACUCCUUCCGACUGUUUUUAAAUCCCACGCCUGGGGAAUACUAUAUACACUGCUGGAAAUGUUCUCAUACCGAAUGCAUCAUAUUCAGCCACAUUAUCGCGUUCAAUUGCUCUCUCAUUUGCAUUCCUUGGCCUCUGUACCACACACUAAUCAGAUGCAGCUUCAUCUUUGUGUUGAAUCAACGGCUCUUCGUUUAAUUACUGGACUUGGUUCAGCUGAAGUUCAACCACAAAUUUCACGAUAUCUAUCUGAGCCAAAGACACCUGCAUCCGUGGUAUCUGCUGAAAGUGAAGAAUUGAAUCGUGUACUCAUUCUCACAAUAGCGCGUUCAAUGCACAUCACAGGUAUUGGCAAUGAUCCAUCCAGCACCUGGUGCAGAGAAUUGCUAACGGGCAUAAUGCAGAAUACACCACACUCAUGGGCGUCGCACACGCUAAAUUGCUUUCCACCAGUUCUAAAUGAAUUCUUCACACAAAAUACAACACCCAAGGAGAAUAAGCAAAUGCUAAAGAAAGCCGUGGAGGAAGACUACAGAAAUUGGACAUCCAUGUCCAAUGAAAAUGACAUUAUUGCACAUUUUAGUGCUGCUGCAACACCCCCACUAUUCCUCUGUCUCCUCUUCAAGAUGAUCUACGAAACUGAUGGCAUUAGUCCGGUGGCAUAUAAAAUUCUCGAGAGAAUUGGUGCACGUGGCCUAUCGGCGCAUCUGCGGAAGUUGAGUGAUUACAUUGUAUUUGAGGUACAAAACUCCAAUGUUGGGGCGCAUGUUAAUAAGUGCGUUGACACCAUCAAUGAUAUGAUAUGGAAGUACAAUAUUGUAACAAUUGAUCGUCUCGUACUGUGCCUCGCAUUGCGCACACAAGAGGGUAAUGAUGCUCAAGUGAGCUUCUUUAUUGUGCAACUUGUGCUGCUCAAAUCAACGGACUUUCGCAAUCGUCUGCAGGAGUUUGUGAAGGAAAACUCCCCAGAGCACUGGAAGCAGAAUAAUUGGCAUGAGAAACAUUUGUCAUUCCAUCAAAAAUAUCCAGAAAAAUUUGCUCCAGACGAAUCUGUGACACAUCCACCACUUCCGGUGUAUUUUGGCAAUGUAUGCUUGCGCUUUCUCCCCGUCUUAGAUAUUGUCAUUCAUCGUUUGUUGGAAAUUUCACCAGCAGGCAAUACAACUCAUUCACCAACGCCAGUUAUUUUGGAUCAUUUGGGGUGUCUCUACAAAUUCCACGAUCGUCCCAUUACCUAUCUCUACAAUACGUUACAUUACUAUGAACGUAAACUUAAGGAUAAUGCAUCGAUAAAGAGAACCCUAGUGGGUGCAGUUAUUGGUUCACUGAAGGACGUUCGUCCGGCAAAUUGGGCUCUCACAGAACACUUUCAGCUCUAUCUGCAGAAAUCCGAAUCUGAUGCUAAUCAAUGGAAACCCGAAUUAACCUAUUACAUUAGCUUAAUUCGUCGUUUAAUUGAUACAAUAGAUGGGAAGCAUAUUUUCUACUCAACAGAUUGGAGAUUCAAUGAAUUCCCCAAUCCAGCGGCUCAUGCCCUAUAUGUAACAUGCGUGGAACUGCUGGCACUUCCAGUUAGUCCACAAAGAGUGGCAAAUAGCUUGAUGAAUGUCAUAUGUCGUGGAUAUACUGUAAUUCCACCUUCGCAAAUUCACAGCUGGAUAAAUGCAUUUGGAUUAAUUAUGUCGAAUCUUCCGGAAUCAUAUUGGAGUAGUAUUUACGAUAGAUUGCGCGAAGUUCUCCAAUCUCAUCAUAUGACUGAAUGGAAAUUGAGAUAUUCUCCAUUUGAUAUGUUUAAUUUUAAAACAACUCAAUAUGCAAUGUUGGACAAAACAUAUGUUUUUAUGCUAGCAAUGGCCCAAUCGGUUUUCCAUCAUUUUGGCAUUGGACAAAUAUCCACAAUGCCGGAAUAUAUAAAAGACAAGCUUAAGCCAAUUAUUACAACAGAGCAACAAUUGAUCUACCUCUGUCACUUGGUUGGGCCAUUUUUGCAGCGCUUAGACUACGAACGGCCACGCCAAGUUGCAGAAAUAACAGCAAUUCUCUAUGAAUUGGUUGAAAAAGUUGACAAAAGUCAGGGAUCAUCUCCACUACACCACAUGGAUUCCAUAUGCGAUCUUCUUUAUCACAUUAAAUACAUGUUUGUGGGUGAUAAGAUGAAGACCGAACUUGAGGCAAUUAUUCGACGUUUGCGUCCAAAUUUGCAAAAAAGAUUGAGAUUCAUAACACGAAUGAAUGUGGAUGAAAUUGGUGUGGAAAAAUCUGAUAGCACUCUUGCGAAUCAAAAGAGUACACCACAGACACAAACUCUACCAGGGUCAGGACAAACGCCAGGGAAUGCUGCAACAAUGCCCUCACAGAGAAUUUAAAAGAAAAUAAUCACAUAAUUUUAUGUAAAAUUAACAUACAAAAAAAAUAAAGAAAAUUAAUGAAAGGA